ACCGAAAAGCUGUUAAAAUUGAGGUUGUCCGAAACGACACUUGCGGCGCUGACUCCGCUAGUGAAACCGCCGAUGGUGGGGAGAGUACCGGGCGAAAAGAUAUACAUAUAUAUAUAAUCUACAUGGCUUCUAAUCUAUACAUAGGUUAGUUAUUGACAACAGCGACGUCAUCGGCGAAAUAGUGAAUUUCUUAUUUCGACGCAUUUCUGGUGUCAUUUUUUCGUUGAUUCCCCUAUUAGAGAUAGGACUGGAUGGGACUCCUCUACUCUAGUCUCCAUGGUCAGAUGUUUGAAAUAACCUAACACGAUUAAAACGUUUGACAGAAUAGUUCUCCAAAUGUUAGGAAUCGUGUAUAAAGUUGCUAUCAAAAUAUAAUAGAAAUAUUGUAAAAAACGGAGAUUGAUUAUUCAAGCCAUAGUUUCCAUGGCAUUUCCGUUGAACGAUCAGGUUUACACGAAGUCUUUCACUCCUAGAGAGUACCAAGUGGAACUUUUGUACGCAGCAAAGGAGAGAAAUAUAAUAGUAUGCUUAGGGAAAUAUUCUGAGCAGACUUUCAUAGUCAUUAAGUUAAUUCAAGAAUUAGCAACCAAUAACAGAAGAUCUAUAGCCGAAGGUGGUAAAAGAGCAAUUUAUAUUUUGAAGGAGUUUGAUAAAUGCAUAAUAAAGGCCACUUAUGUUCAGCAAUUGACUGAUUUAAAAGUACUAGUCUGCAAUGAAAACCCUGGAAAAGAAUUUAUGGAUGAUUUUACCAAUACUAAUGUAUUGGUCACAACAUCAGAUGUGUGUGCACAUCUGUUGCAAGUACAAAAUAUUCUUCCCAGUCAGAUAAACUUAGUAGUAGUUGAUCAGUGUCAUGCAUCUUUAAAAGAUGGUGAUCUGAAUAUUGUCUUGCAAACCUUUUUAUCAUGUAAGAAUGGGCCUAGAAUUAUUGGUCUUGCUGUGCCUCUAUUUAAUUUAACUGAAGAACCUGGAGUAUUAGGAUUGGAGAUAGAAAAGGUAGAAAAUACCUUCUACUGUGAGGUUGAGACUGCUAGUGACAUUCUUUCUAUAUUACGUUACAGUCCAAAGCCAAAGGAGUAUAUAGUAGAAUAUAAAGACGGCGAAAAAGGAAACCUUCAUGAGGCUUUAGAAAAUUGUGCCGUGCAUGCUAUGGAAUUUUUACGUGAUCAUCGUUAUGAUCCAACAGAAAUAUAUAAUGAGGAAUUUCUUGAGGAUAUACAAAAGAUUCCUGAUCCAACAGACAAGCCUUGUGAAAUGAUAGAGGAUUUCUUAUACGUUUUAAGAACAUUGGGGCCUUGGUGCGCCGAUCGCGCAGCCCUAGCACUCUUAAUACUGACAGAAAAACUGAAAGUCAAAACUCCUUAUGAACGUCAUUAUCUGUUGUUUAAUGUGGUGGCAUCGGUAUUUAUAAAGAUUCGGGCUCUUUGUGAAAGUGAAUUCGAAGGAUUGAGUGAAAGGGAAAGAAUCUAUCAAUUUUCAAUGCCAAAAGUCCACCGCCUGCUGAAAAUUCUAAAAACUUAUACUCCAUUUCAUUCCAAGGAUUCACAUAACAUUGACAAUAAAGCAAAUAACGAUGCUAAUGUUAAAACUGAAAGUAAUAAAGAACUUAUACCUAUAAGAGAAAAUCAUAUGCAUUUUCGAAAAUUUGGAAGUAAUUGGAGACCACAUGAAGAAGGAUAUAAGAGGUCACCGAAAUCUCUCCGUCACUUACGUAGCGUUACAGACCCUGAUCUCUUAUGCGGAGUGAUAUUUGUCGACAGGGCUUUCACUGCAAAAAUCUUAUUCUAUUUAUUAAACGAAGUGUGCAAACAUGAUCAGGAUUUACACUUCCUGUCACCGUUAUAUACGAUCGAGAAGACUGUAGAUGAUAUGAGUUAUGCACGUGACGUGGAAAUGGAACACAGAAAGCAGGAAGAAGUUUUAAAACGGUUUAGAAUUCACGAGUGUAAUCUUUUAAUUGCGACUUCUAUAUUAGAAGAAGGUAUUGAUAUUCCAAAAUGUAACUUUGUUAUGAGAUACGACUUUCCAAAGAGUUAUCAGUCAUACGUGCAAUGUAAGAGUAGAGCCAGAGCGAUAGAUGCACUCCAUGUAUUAUUAGUACCUGAAAAGGAAUCCAAAAUAUGUGUCUGGCGACUUGCUCAAUAUCACUACAUCGAAAAGAUCCUAUUAACAAAAUGCUCGAACAAGGAGCCAACGGAGGAGGAAGAACUCGAAGCUGAUAAAUAUGCAGCUAUGAUACCACAGUACAAACCACUGGAUGUUGAUGACGCUCCCAGUGUCUCAUUUAACUCUGCUAUUUCACUAGUGAAUAGAUAUUGUGCCAAGUUACCCAGUGACACUUUUACGAGAUUAACUCCUGAGUGGUUUAUAGACACAGUCGAUAUAGACAAUACAAUUAUGUAUAUUUGUUCUUUGAGACUCCCUAUUAACUCACCUGUAAAAUACGUUGUUUCUUCGUACCCAAUGCCAAAUAGAGCAAUGGCCCGACGCCUGGCAGCAUUACAAUUGUGCGUAAAAUUACACAGAGAGAAUGAGAUUGAUGAUAAUCUAUUACCAAUUGGUAAAGAAAAUUUUAAAGCUAAGCCUGAGGAUGCAGAAGUACCGGCUUUGCCAGAUGAGAGUAAAGCGGAUUUUUCUGAAGCUCGACCUGGUACGACAAAACGUAGACAAUAUUAUUAUAAGAAGACUGCUGAAGCAUUAACAGAUUGCAGACCCAUAAUAGGAGUACCUUCCUAUUUGUAUCAUAUUAAUAUGAUGCUAAGUUGUCCGUUACCAGAGGAGCAAAACACAAGAGGUCGGCGCAUUUAUCCUCCAGAAGAAUCCGCUAUUGGAUUUGGCAUUUUAACUUUAAAGGAAAUCCCUAAGCUAUGCCCAUUUCCAAUUUACACGAGAUCGGGAGAAGUACACGUAAAAUUAAAACUUAGUAAAGAGACAGUAAUAUUAGAUGAAGUGCAAAUAGAAAGAGUUGCGGCUUUCCUUAAUUAUACAUUUACUAACGUUUUAAGAUUACAGAAGUAUUUGAUGUUGUUCGAUCCAAACGCCUCAGAAAAUUCUUACAUCAUAGUUCCUGUAAAAACAGUCAUAACAGAGAAUGGACCUGAUGUGAAUGUAGACUGGGAUUUUCUUGAUUGUAUUUAUAAAAAUCGAAAUACUGUACCUAAUCAAGUUCCUGAAAAAGAUAGGAAGUAUUUUAAAUUUGAUCCCAGCAAGUAUCACGAUGCUGUUAUAAUGCCAUGGUAUAGGAAUCAAGAUCAACCACAGUAUUUUUAUGUUGCUGAAAUUUGUGGCAACUUGAACCCAAAGUCUUCGUUUCCUGGUGCGGAUUACAGUACAUUUGAAGAAUAUUAUUUAAAGAAAUAUAAUAUACAGAUACAAAAUCUCAAUCAACCUUUAUUAGAUGUAGAUCAUACGUCAGCUAGAUUGAACUUCCUUACACCCAGAUAUGUUAAUCGUAAGGGAGUGGCUCUGCCAACUAGUAGCGAAGAAACGAAAAGAGCCAAACGUGAGAAUUUAGAACAAAAACAGAUUCUAGUUGCGGAAUUAUGUGCAAUACAUCCAUUUCCGGCUUCCUUAUGGAGACAGGCUGUAUGCCUACCUUGUAUCCUUUACAGAAUUAAUGCAUUGCUUCUUGCAAAUCAAAUACGAUGUCAAGUAGCACGGACAAUAAAUUUAGGCCAAGUACAUCUGAAUUCAAAUUUCGAGUGGCCACCGUUAGAUUUUGGUUGGAGCUUAGCUGAAGUAUUAAAGAAAUCAAAAGAGACUGAAAAAGCUAAUGAAUCUAAGAAUGAAGCAGUUCGAAAUAACAUUGACGUUGAUAAAAGUUCCAUUAGUGAUAAGAUUGAAAAUAAAUUAGCAUAUGACAAAGAUAGUUUAGACGAAUCAGCAAUAUCUAAAGAAACCAUUGACCCUGAGCUAGAGGAAAUUGAGGAAUCAAAAGAUAAUGAAUUAGAAAUUGGCACUUGGUCCAAUGAAAUGGCUAUGAAUUCAAUGGAAUUUAAUUCUGAAAAUAUUAAAUCCUUCCCCAUGAAUUUGACAGUAUUACAGCCAGAUUUUAGUUGGAAUGAUAUUCGAUAUGGUUCUCCAGCAUGUGAUUCUGAUCUGGACGGUUACGAAUCAGAUGAUACUUGUAGCGAGGGAUUAAUUGAUUUUUCUGAUGAAAGUGAAGAUGAAAGUAGAGGUUUACGAAUAGCGUACAUGGGAGAAAAUGUCGCGGAAGCUGUGGAAGAUGAGAAUCAAAUUUGCAAACGAGAAAUCAAUAAAAAGAUCUUGGACCUUCUCGAGGUCGAGAGAAGUUCAGAUGAGAAUACUUGGACCUGUCUCGAGAAUAUGAACGAUUCCUUGUUGGAAAAACAUAAAGCGACACACUAUGAGUUUGCACAAAAGAAAGAAAGGGAGAUCAUUGACAAUGGUUCUUUUAUAUCCGGUUCCGAUGAAAUCACAAUUAAAAGAAAAAAUUCUCUCAACAAUCAAGCUGAUGGGAAAGAACCGAACGCUAAGUAUACAGAAUAUAUUGCUAAGGUAGUCGAAAAUUUUAAAAAUGAAGUAUUAAAGAAAAAGCAUGAAGUAGCGCCUGUGAAAAAGCGACCGAGCACAUCCGCCCUGACAUUUCAUAAAGAGGAAAGUUUAUUCAGUUUCGAUUAUCAACCAGAAUUAAAAGGACAUCCAGGUCCAAGUCCUAGCUUGAUACUACAGGCAUUAACGAUGUCUAAUGCUAAUGAUGGUAUCAAUCUAGAACGAUUAGAAACAAUAGGCGAUUCUUUUCUAAAAUACGCUAUUACUACAUAUUUAUAUUGUACUUAUGAUAAUAUACACGAAGGGAAAUUGAGCCACCUUCGUUCAAAGCAGGUAAGCAAUUUGAACCUUUAUCGACUGGGACGACAAAAAAUGCUUGGAGAAAGUAUGAUAGCAACAAAAUUUGAACCUCAUGAUAAUUGGCUGCCACCCUGUUACUACGUACCUCGAGAAUUGGAACAAGCGUUAAUCGAAUCUGGUGUGCCAUCCACGCUUUGGAAUCAGGCAGACAUUCCAGCUCUUCAAGCUGUCAAUCCAACUGACAUCACUCAGUUGGUUCGCGAGACGGAGCACAAGUUAGGAAUCAUGAGAAUCGAGCUAGAUAAAAAUGAAAGCUGUUUAACAAAUGAUCUAGAUACUUUUCGGUGUUUUAUACCGUAUAAUCUAAUCACACAGCAUAGUAUCCCAGACAAAAGCAUAGCCGAUUGCGUGGAAGCAUUAAUUGGAGCAUACUUAAUUGCUUGCGGCCCCAGGGGUGCUUUACUUUUUAUGGCCUGGUUAGGAAUUCAUGUCUUACCAACGGAAGAAGUGUGUAUAUUUCAGGAUACUGAACCUGUAGAAAGAUAUCCUGGGAGUACGCCAUACGUUAAAAGAAUAAAUGAGUAUGGUAAAACCAUAUGGACACAGAUACGCUAUGGCAAAUUAGAGGAACCACAAUAUCCUUUACUGAGACACACGCCUGAUCCGGAACGCGAAUUGAAAACGAUGCUUGAUGGAUAUAAUCAGUUAGAGGAAAAUAUAGGAUACAAAUUUCAGGAUACGAGUUACCUUUUGCAAGCUUUCACCCACGCAUCUUAUCAACCAAACAGGUUGACAGACUGUUAUCAGCGUUUGGAAUUCUUAGGAGAUGCUGUACUAGAUUAUUUAAUAACAAGACACUUAUAUGAGGAUUCGCGACAACACUCCCCGGGUGCUUUGACGGAUUUAAGAUCAGCUCUGGUGAAUAAUACUAUAUUCGCCUCGUUGGCUGUUCGAUGUGGAUUUCAUAAAUAUUUUCGUCAUCUGUCACCUGGAUUAAGUGUUGUUAUCGAUCGAUUUGUCAGGAUUCAAGAAGAAAAUGGUCAUUCUAUUAGUGAGGAGUAUUAUUUGAUUGGAGAAGAAGAAUGUGAAGAGGCUGAAGAUGUGGAAGUACCAAAGGCAUUGGGUGACGUCUUCGAGUCUUUGGCUGGUGCAAUAUACCUAGACAGUGGAAUGUCUCUCGACGCAGUUUGGAGUGUCUAUUACAGAAUAAUGAAGUCCGAAAUUGAGCAAUUCAGUACCAAUGUUCCUAAAUCACCAAUUCGGGAGUUACUGGAGUUGGAACCCGAGACCGCAAAGUUCGGAAAACCUGAGAAACUUGCUGAUGGACGUAGGGUUCGUGUAACCGUAGACGUUUUUGGGAAAGGGUCCUUUAAAGGAAUUGGGAGAAAUUACAGAAUCGCUAAGUGCACGGCAGCUAAAUGUGCGUUAAAGAAAUUAAAAAGGAUACAGGGCUAUCCGAGAGAAAAACUAUGACCCCCGUUUCUAGUGUAAUUUAAUUCCGAAAGUCAAAUGUCUAAUUGAAAAAAGUUGUCUCUUUGAAAGUCGAUAAAAUACUAUGAAAACGUUGUGUUCACAAUUGUAUUUAAGAAUUCGUAAUGUAUGGGACAAUCCAAUGGGACUGGCCUGGGAUAUCGUUAAUUUGGAUCUAAUACAGAAAUAUAUGUAGAUGUAUAUGUGUACUAACGACAAUGACAAAACAAAAUGUAUAUUUUGAAUGGGAACAAACAGACGCACAAAAAUUUCUUACGUGUCAUAACUCUAUCAUUGCACAUUUCAAGAUAAUAAUUAUUGCAAUUAUGCUGCUAAACAUCGAAUAGAAUUAAUCUUCCAAAGAUACAUAUGUGUAUUUAUUAUUGUACUAUGUACUUUCUGUUGACCAGAAUAAGAAUUGUUUGACUGGGUCAAUUUUUUUGAUAAUCUUUAGCACGUACUGAAAUUUAAUACACUAGUCGUUUUUUCAACGAUAUAUAUUGAAUUAUAUAGAUAAUUAGUAAGUAAAAAAACGAUGAAAUAUGACGGUUAUUACACAAUCUUAAUGUAAUUUUUAUAACGUGAAUGGAGAAAUAAAAUGAAUAAACGGUUUUGCGAAA